GGAAGGAAGGAAGGAACCCUGGCAACGCUGUCACAAAGCUAACGCUGUCGCAAAGCUAGCGUUAACGUUAUCCGUGUUACUGCUAAGCCCUCUGAACGCAUCAGCUUUGUCAACAUGCACUUACAUGUUUAUCAGGGCUCUCUAACGUUUAAUAUUUACUUCAUAGCUUUCCUCUAAAGCGCGUUAACGAAUUUAAAAUGGCUAUUUUUAACGAGCCAAGCUAGCAGACAUUUUUCUUCUUCUUUAUUCGUCGUAGCUGCAAUCAGUUGAGCUAACUAAACCAAGCUAACAAGUUAGCUUAAUAAUCUUGGGCUUGUGGUGAAUGAAUAUGGCGAUUGUGUCUGGUUCCUGCGCCCGGGUGAACGGGUCUAGAAACGGGCCAGUGUCCGUAUCAACCACCGGACAAUCUCAGCCCAUGAUAGCAGUGUGGGAAUGGCAGGAUGACCUCGGCUACUGGCGGCCUUACAGCGGCCAAGUGAGCGGCCACAUCGAGCGGUGUUUGUUGUCACCGCGGAGCCAGAGAGGAGCAGGAGCAGCAGGAGGACCCGGAUGUACGAGCAUCUGCCUCGGACAAUCAGACCCUAGCCUGUCGCCUUAUCUCAUCGACAUACCGAGCUUGAAGCAGUUUCGACAGGACACGGGAAAGACCCGGUCAGUACGUAGGUCCCUGUUUGCCCAGUCCUCCGGCCUCGGCAGCGGCGUUUACUGGGAGUGGCUCAACGAUGAAGGAGGAUGGACUCCAUACGAGACUCGGACCUCCAUCCUCCUGGAGCACAGCUACCAGGCCCGCCAAGGCACGGCGGACUUGGGCCCGCACGGAUACAAUUACAUAGUGGACCUGACCUCUCUGGCCCAGGUGAACAAAGCGACGGGCUUCAGGCGGCAGGUCCGACGGCAGUGUAACCUCCCGUACCCACUGGCCUCCUCCGGCCCCCCCGCCAUCCCCUCGGCCCCCGCGGCCCCCGCCUGCUCCUGCCAACAGUGCUUGAGCCACAGCAGCACAGGACCCAUGCCCAGCCGCUCACGACAUUCCUUUUCGUCGGGCAGUCUGAACCGGCCCAGCCUGCAGGCGACGGGAAGGGCCGUUGCGGCUCACCCCACUUCUGUCUACUCUCCGUACCCGAGGAGACCCCUCUCUGUGGGGGGGAUGUCCUGGGGCAGCGCCUGGCCUCCACCGGCCUCUGGUAGUCACCUGUCCGCACCGCUCCUGACCGGCUCUACCAGUACCAACGGGCUAAGUGUCCCCUCCAUCUCUGUGCCGCUGAAUGGAUCCACCAGUGUGAGCUCAGCUCUGGCAGGCAUGGCCUCCAUUUUGAUGUCAGCGGUGGGACUCGGCGUGCACUUCACCACUGCCCCCCUCCCUCAGCAGCAGCAGCAGCAGCCGCCGCCUCCUUUCUCGCUUCCUCCUCCUCUCCUCCCCUCAGCCAGCAGGCCCAGCAAGCCCCACAGCAGCAGCAGUUCAGUUAGGAGAGCAAAGAGGCAGCACAGGAGAGCCUCCGCUCAGAGGCCCGAGGACGUGAUUCAGCGCUACAUGGAGGUAGUUGCCGGAGUACAGGAUGAGGACUGCAUCAUCUGCAUGGAUCAACUGUCCAAUCCGUCCGGCUACGAGACUCAGGCCACAGAGGAGGGGGGGCAGAGCAUCCUGCCGGACACCGUGGGGAAAUUCAUCAAAUGUGGACACACCCUGCACAUGCUCUGCAUGCUGGCCAUGUACAACAACGGAACAAAGGACGGCAGUCUGCAGUGUCCCUCGUGCAAGACAAUCUACGGAGAGAAGACCGGCACGCAGCCCAAAGGAAAGAUGGAAAUUUACAGCAUCGCCCAGUCGCUACCGGGCCACCCAGACUGUGGCACCAUCCAGGUCAUCUACAGCAUACCACCUGGUCUACAGGGCCCCGAGCAUCCCAACCCAGGACAGCCGUACAGCUGUAGAGGCUUCCCUCGCUUCUGUUUUCUACCCGACAACGACAAAGGCAGGAAGGUGCUGGAGCUGCUGAAGGUGGCGUGGAUGCGACGCCUCAUCUUCAUCGUGGGGACGUCCAGCACCACCGGAGAGCCCGACACGGUGGUGUGGAACGGCAUCCACCACAAGACCGAGAUGAUGUCCAACAUGUCGGGACACGGCUACCCGGACCCCAACUACCUGGACAACGUCCUGUCGGAGCUGGCGUCUCAGGGCGUGACGGAGGACUGCUUCAAACCUCCGGGCGGAGGAGGAGGAGGCAGUUAGGUCACAGCUGUGAGCUUCUGAUCCACCUCUCUGACCUCCGUCUGUUCCUAAGUUCAUUCUGCCCAAACGUCACAAGUGGGCUGAAGGUGUGGCAGCGGUUUAAUUCUCCACUACAUUCCUGCUCAUCACAUAUUCCUGGAGACUGAGCUUCAUCACUCCGAGCCUCUUUUAUCUAAAAACCUCCACAAACUGGAGGUUGUGUGUGUUUUGUGUUUCCCCGUGUCCGGCGACCAUGAACAUGGCCGCUCACAGCGGGGAUAGAAAUCUGUCAUUAAGCACUUUAGUUCUGACGGUGCAUUUAGUGGAGAUGUGUGAUGGUCCCGGUUAACCCUCUGAACCCCAAGCAGUAUCGGGGGGGGGGGGGGGGUUGGGUGUCACAUUUUUACUUUUUCACUGCAAUAUAUAAAAGUCCUGAACCUCUAUGGAGACAGCACAGUGGUGGCUAGACGUAGAGCUAGAACAUGACUUUAAUGCAGAACAGAAAUCAUUAAAAACGAAAAUUGAAUUUCUUUGAUAAUUUAUUUUACAAAAAUUGGAAAACACUGGAAUCUAUAUACACAACCUUGUUUCCAAGUUACAAGUGUUACCAAUGUUAGAAAGAACAAUGGAGGCUUUACGUGCUGUAUGUAUUAAACUAUUCACAUGUUUCAGCCUCUCCUCUCUGUGUUCACUUCCUGAAGUUCAGUCAGAGUUUCUCUGAUUUGUUGUCACGUGACUGUUGGUCUCAGAUGAAUCAAUCAUGACUUCAUAGUUUAACUGAGGAGCUCACAAUUUAAUGUUUUUACUCAAUCUGGUUAAAGUGAACGCUUUAUUUUAAAAAGAUACAUGUAGAAUAGAAAUGUUUUUGGUGAAAUAUCUCGAUUUUAAGCUUCGUUAUGGUUUCUUUCUGCGUUGGUAGCGUUCGUCACACAUGAUGUGUUCAAGAAAGUUGGGAAAGGUAAAAUCUGACGAUGGUUUUUCUUCUGGCCUUGAUAAACUGUCGUUUUCCGAGAUUGUUUAAAGAAAACAUGGCGGUGUGUUUUGGGGUUCAGAGGGUUAAAUGCAGUGAACUUUGGGAGGUUAUGCAAUGAAAGUGUUUCUGCUGAAACUUCUCGCAGCAAAGUGAGUCGAUACAUCAGCCUGAUGAGAAGAGGCAAUACUGAAACUAGAAUACAGCUGUGUGUGUUUAACAUCUAACACGACUUCUGAUCGGACCAUCUGUUGUAAUAUUUGACUCCAUAAGCAGAUGUUUAAUGCUCUCUCCCGGUGAUUCGUCAUGUUUUUAAUCUGCAGUAACGGCUCCCGGAGGCUUUGUUUCCUCAGUUUAAAGAAGGGACGAGGCGACAUCGUGCUUCUAGCUCCACGACCUCGAUGCUGUCGUCCAGAGAGACGGGAAAAGAUAUUAAAUAAAAUAAAAUAAAGGCCAAGAACACUCGACAGUGCGACAAUCAAGGUCAUCAAAUUCGUCUUGAUUAAACAAGACACAUAAAGCCGAGGCGAGCAUGUUAACGCCCCCCCCCCCCCCUUGCCGGCUGUGAUCUCACUUCCUGUAUUCACGUGAUGCUGCUCACUGUGCUGCAGUACAGGUGAACAUGUAUAACAAGCAACGCUGAAGAGAAAAGAAAAACAAAACGUCUGUAAUAAAGAAAUAAGUCAAAUGAAUCCCGACUCUUGACUUUAUCUACACUUCAGUUCUCUUCAUGAAGAAGAGGAACGCUGAGCUACUUCCAUCGACUCAUGUGGGGCUAAUGAUCGUUGAAUAUUGUAGCAGUAAAACCCUCAGGGUGCACCUGGGCCUCUUAAAAGGCCUCAUAUACUCAUUACAUGAUGUUAUACGAUGGACCCUUUAACCCUCGACUCUCACAGGAGCUUUAUUCUAUCAAUAAAAUGUCAUUACUGUCCAUCAGUUCCUCGUGACUUCAUAUUUAAAGUAUCACACAGGGAUUCAAUCCUGUGGUCUGCAUAGACUGUAUUUGUCGCCAUCUUGGUUUCUUUUGCAACCAGAAGUGACACGAGAGGGCGGAGCUUAAAACAACAGAAUGCUAAGACACGGAGUGAAAACACACUGAAAGAGAUAAAGUUCAAAGACGAAAACACGACUUCCAGACUGGACAAUGCCGUGGUAGAGACCUGUCAAUCACCGUGUAGCCCCGCCCUAAAGCAUCCCCUGCUUUAUGGUCUGUUUGACU